AUGCUAAAUUCGUUUACUCGUAUCGUUCGUACUCGACAGUCGACUUUUUCCUCGCUUCGUCCUGCAUUUUCUUCACCCAUUACCCAGUUUGUCCGUGAUUACACUGUCUACUUUGGCAAUCUAUCCUUCGAUGCGUCAGAACACGAUCUCAAAACUCUUGUUGACCGAUUUGAUGUGAACGUGUCGGUACGAAUACCAAGGGAUAACUUGGGCCGAACGAGAGGGUUUGGCUUUGCGGAUUUUUCGCAGGAAGAUCAGGCCAAUCAAGUGAUAGGCGAAUUGAAUGGAACGAAUUUUAUGGGUCGAGAACUGAAAGUGAGCCGGGCUCUAGAGAGGUCCAACACGCCGAGGGAUGGUGAGUAUUUCUAG